GUUAAUUGUAUCGUUUUAGCGGCAUUGCAGCGGUCUUGUCUGCUAAUAUCGCUGAUAAAGUGCGAUAGAGAGGUAUGAUCUUCGAUCGAAUGAGCCGAUCUGAGCUGUUUUCUGGGGCUAUGGAUCGUCUAAAUAGCCAUGGAUAUCAUUGAUCACCGGUAUCAACUUCUAGCCAUUAUAAAUACGUUGCGUCGCAGCUCCUUUACCCUCCUUCCUGCCGCUAACGCCAUCCGACACUAAUCUCUUCUUGCCAAAAGCGCACGAAAAGGGGAAAGAAAAUGCUUACCACAACCAAAAUUGCUGCUCAUAUCUGCGCUCUCUAUACGCUCCUCUGUACCUUCGUUUCAACCUCACCGCUAACACCUUUCACCGGUCCACCAGCUGGCCCCGGAAUGCCCGUCACCGUCAUCGCUCCACACACCAUUGCGACCACGGAAUCGAAUGUGAUCACCAACACAAACGUCGCGCCCCAGGUGAACAUUGCACCAACGAUCCCGAUCCCGUACUCGGUUCCGUAUUCGUAUCCGGUGCCAGUGGCCGCCGAGUAUCCGUACCCUGUGCCUGUAGCAACGGACUUCUGCAGUGCCUGGGGCGGAUGGGAUGGUCGCGGACACGAUCCUAACCAAGGCUGGAGCUCCUGCUGAUAGACCGACCGGUUAACGUGUAUCGUCCGUUAUCGUGCUUAUACCUGGAUAGUUCGAUGGCCC